AUAUAUAUAUAUGCACCAUCAUCGCUAGGGUUAACAGCUUUCAGGAUUUAAGCUCGGCGGCUGCUGCUUCCUCCAGAUCUCUCAGAACCUUCCUUUAAGUUGAAACAGCCUCUCUCAGACAACAUGGGGAAGACACGUGGAAUGGGAGCUGGACGCAAGCUGAGGACCCACCGAAGGAGGCAGAGGUGGGCUGAUAAGGCAUACAAGAAAUCCAACCUUGGAAAUGAAUGGAAGAAGCCAUUUGCUGGUUCUUCCCAUGCCAAAGGCAUUGUCCUUGAGAAGAUAGGCAUUGAGGCUAAGCAACCAAACUCUGCUAUCAGAAAGUGUGCUAGAGUUCAAUUGAUCAAGAAUGGAAAGAAGAUUGCUGCAUUCGUUCCAAAUGAUGGUUGCUUAAACUACAUUGAAGAGAAUGAUGAGGUGUUGAUUGCUGGAUUUGGACGAAAGGGUCAUGCCGUCGGUGAUAUUCCUGGUGUUAGAUUCAAGGUCGUGAAGGUUUCUGGUGUGUCACUCUUAGCACUCUUCAAAGAGAAGAAGGAGAAGCCUAGAUCAUAAGUUUGCCAGGGGAAGGAUGUCUCUUAUGGCCUUUUUAUACUUCUACUUAAAACUGAGCAUUUUUUUGCUUGGUAGCUUUUUUGGACAACAUUUGGUUAUCUUCGGGUUGUUGCAUUGAAUUUGUGGUGUCAUCCUGAUCAAAACUGUUCUCUCUUUGUUUC